AUGCCAGGUGCAACGGCCUUGCCGCAGGGUGUGCGGUCCGAACCGCAGGCGCGCGCUGUGCCGCAGAAUUGGCGCACAAAGUGGGAAAGGCCUGCCGCCGUGUUCUCUGUGCGUGGUGCUGCUGGCCCACGAUUCCUCCCCCCACUGAGGUCCACAGGUACGCGUGCCCUGCCUUCUUCACCGCCCGAGUGUCUGUCGACGACCUCUGCAGUGGCACGCAUGGCCGCAGAAUAUUGGCGCAACGAGCAGCGAGCCGGCUCGAUGCCGCCUGGACUCGAUUGUGCUUGUUGUGUGCAGUUUGCAGCAUUUUUACCACUGCAGGGGGAAGAGCAAAUGCAACAAAAAUAA